AUGGAAGUCUUCAUGGUGGAAGACUUGAUCAACAUCUUUCGUGCAGGCGACAGCCACCAUGAGUUCACGACCUUCUUUGCUGCCAAGUUCGUGACCAUGAUGAUGGAGCAGGGUGCUGUCUUGGAGCAGAUGAAAAAGUCGGAGUUUGCACCGAUUGAAGCAGCAGUGCGAAAGGUGGAGCGAUUCAUGAGGGCCCUCUUGUACAUCUUCGACCAGAAGGUCCCAGCUGAGGAUGGCAGCGGCAACAUGGUGGAUGCAGCAACGGCUGCCGACGUCUUCGCAUUCACGGAGGCACGGACCUCCGAUGUGUAUGGGGCAGCCAUGCAAAAGGUCCUCGUCAAGACCGGGUCGUGGUAUGCCGCACAAACCGAUGAGAUCGCAAGGACAGCUGCCACCAGGAAGAUCGUCGCACCCAAGCUCGAGGCCCUUCAGGCGCUGCUGGAGGAGUCGUUUUCGACAGGACCUGCGGCCUUCCCCACAUCCAAGCUGCAGGAGGUCGUGGUUCUGCAUGCAGAGGUGCGAGGUGGUCUGCGUGCUUUGGAGAUGCAGGCCAUGAUUGAGAAGAUGGAGAAGUUGGUGCGGAACUGUGCCGAGUACAUGAUGUCCCAAGCUUCUUUGCAAAGCCUGGAAACGGCCAGGGUGGAGGCCUUGCUGGCCCUCUUGGACAAGCUGUCAGAUGUGGCAGGCAUCCCGUCGUUGUUGCAGAGUUUCCAAGAGUGGGCUGCAAAGACACGCUCUGCCCGCAACUCCCACGAUCUCAUCGAUCUCAUGAAGGCAGCAACCCGAGAGAAGAUUGAUGUCGAUGCCAUCAAACGACUUCUGCCGGCAGAGGGCAGUGUGAUUGAGGGGCCCGGCACAGAGGACUUGGUUUCAGCGGCUUCGAAUUGUGUCCACAAGCUGUGCCUUCUUUGUGUGGACAAGGCUGGAAGGGGGGUGCUGGCUCCAUGUGAUGAGAAGGACCGCCUGGUUGCUGACAUCAGAAAGGAGCUGCUGCUCAUCAUCGGUGUUGCCAAGAAGCUUUUUGGCAGCCCCCCCGGGGAUGACAGUGAGAAGGCUGCCCUCAAUGACUCCUUUCGCAGCCUCAUCAUGAGCUACUCUCACUACUUGCAGGCCGGGUUCCAGCAGCUGGAGAGACUGCGACACUUCAAGGGGCUGGGUAAUGAUGCGGAGACUCGCAUGGGCCACAAAAACUCCCCUCAGCUCCUCUCAAGCUUGAAGCACGGUGCCGACAAAGUGGCUGCAGAGAUGGCCAAGAUCAGAAGCACACAGAAGACACUCCAGAGCGAUGAUUCUGAUUCGCAGCGAGAAUCAACAAUCAAGAAUGAUGAGGCGGUGAUGGCCAUGGUGGACUUGUUCGUGGAAGAUGUGUUCUACCUUGCAGAGAGCCACAUGUACCAGGAUUGCGUGGCCUGGCUUGGCGCAUCCCUCCAGCGUGAUCUUCAGACGAAGGCCGAUGACAUGGCUCGUGUUGCUGCUGGCUUCCAGUCGGGCGGUGAGCACGAUUGGAAGGCUUCUUUGGGUGAUGGAGCCUCGCUGGACGACAUCUUCACGAGCUGCAAGAGUCUGUUGGACAGUGUUGACAUCAGGAAGCUUCGCCAGGCAGGGGAAGACUGUGGGGUUCUGAAAGCCAUCAAGGACCACAUGGAUAUGUAUGACAGCUCAGAGUUGACAACCAUCCAGAUGAGUAUGCUGGCCUUGAAAGAGUUGCGGGAUGACUUGUUGGCAAACGGCAUCCGCCAAGGGCGCACUUUGGGAGCGGAGAUGCUGUUGCUCCACCAGAUCAGGAAGAUCCACGCCUUGCCGGUGCACGAGCGGAGCGACCCGAUUUCUGAUUUGAGCAAGCUUGUGACAAAGUUAAGCGUGUUCUUCACGGAGAACAUUUUUCAAAUCGAAGCCGGCGCAGUUCAGAGAGCCUUGUGGACGGAGUCCCAAAAGUUUGUCGUCUGA